GCCGCCGCUGCCGCUCGCCGAGAGAGAAGGGGGGCUGUGAUGGCGAGUUCGGCUGCCUCCUCGGUGCGACCGCCGAGGCCCAAGAAAGAACCACAAGCGCUCGUUAUCCCCAAAAAUGCGGCAGAAGAGCAGAAGCUCAAGCUGGAGCGGCUCAUGAAGAACCCGGACAAAGCAGUUCCAAUUCCAGAAAAAAUGAGCGAAUGGGCACCUCGGCCUCCCCCAGAAUUUGUUCGAGAUGUAAUGGGUUCAAGCGCUGGGGCUGGCAGUGGAGAGUUCCAUGUCUACAGGCAUCUGCGCCGGAGAGAGUACCAGCGACAGGACUACAUGGAUGCGAUGGCCGAGAAGCAAAAAUUGGAUGCAGAGUUUCAGAAGAGAUUGGAGAGGAAUAAAACUGCUGCAGAGGAGCAGACAGCAAAACGGCGGAAAAAGCGCCAGAAGUUGAAAGAGAAGAAAUUAUUGGCAAAGAAGAUGAAACUUGAACAGAAGAAACAAAAAGAAGGAUCCAGUCAGUCCCAGGAGCAGCCAUCCAGUAGCUCUGAGGAAGCAUCUGGAACAGAGGAGGAGGAGGAGCAGCCCAGCUUCAUCACGGGGCGAUGACAGUGUUUGCUGUAGUGGGCUGUCUGGAGCCUGGCCCAUUCUGUGACCAGGGCCUCAGAAAACCCUCCACACAACCCGAGGGAAAAGGAGGCUCUGUUUCAACUCAGUUCCCCUCCCAGCACUUUGCUAGAGGGAAGCAAGUGGGAACCCAUCUUGACCGUUGACGACCCCGCCUGUGGGCAGGCCUCCAUGCCUGUGGGACAGAGAGGACCGGCUCCUGGACCCCUGGGGCACCGCCGAGCAGAGUUCAUUCAGGUUCCCACUGAUAGUGAACACGUAUUACCUUCUGCCCCUGUAUGGAUUUUCCUGGUCCCCACCCUGGGCCAGGCGACAUCUGUGAUCACUUCUGUUCUUUAAACAAUUCAAGCCACAGGAAUUUUUCUUUCCCAGGAAACUGAAAUGGAAAAUUCAGCCCUAAUAAAUGAGCACACCCG